AUGGACAACAUGAAAGAAUUGAAUCAAGAUGCUUGGCUGGAAAUGAUGCAUGUACCUCCUAAGAUGUGGACAAGAUCAGCUUAUAGCACACACACACACUGUGAUCUCCAGGUUAACAACAUGUGUGAGGCAUUUAAUAGGACCAUCCUGGAGCAUAGAGACAAGCCUAUUAUUACUCUGAUUGAGGGGCUCAAAUUUUACCUCACCAAUCGCAUUGUGAAGCAGAAUGAUCUAAUGCUUAGGUGGAGAAAUAGUCAGUUGUGUCCAGUGAUUCAGAAAAAGCUUGAUGCAAUAAAGGACUAUUCAGAAGGCUGGAGACCUAACUGGAAUGGUGACACUGUACAUGGACUAUUUGAAGUUGAGAGGGACAAGGAUAAGUAUGCUGUCGAUGUUGCUCUCAGGUCAUGCGCUUGUAGGAGAUGGGACCUGACUGGGAUUCCCUGUGUGCAUGCUGUGGCUUGUAUGUGGUAUAAUCACCAUGUUCCAGAGAAUUAUGUGGACAUGGCAUACAGAAGGCACACAUUUUUGAAUACCUACUCCCACAUAAUCCUCCCAAACAAUGGGCCCAAAUUAUGGCCAGAAGUGGAAGCUGCACCUCUAAAUCCACCUUAUGUGAGGAGGGCCCCGGGAAGGCCUAAAAAACAGAGGAACAAAGCAAAUGAUGAGCCUAGGAACCCUAAUAGGCUGAGGAGGAUUAGUUCCACUGUGAGAUGUAGAAGGUGUGGAGAGCCUGGACACAACAAGAGAACCUGCAAAGGUAAAACUGCAGCUGAUAGGACAAUCCCAGUAGGAGGCAAUCAGGCAAAUACUCAAGUUCUUCAACCUGAACAAAGAAGGACUCAAGGUACGGGGACUAGAACUAGAGGUCAGAGGAGGAAUGCUCAAUCUGAACCAGGGGAAUCUUCAGCUCAAGGUGCUGCAAAUAACCAGCCUGCACCAACUACUGCUGCAUCUUCUCAACAUGCACCCACUGCUCCAGCAAAUUCCCAACCUGAACACACUACUGCUCCAUCUUCUCAGCCUGCACCCACUGCUCCAGCAAAUUUCCAGUCUCAACAAACUGCUGCUCCAUCUUCUCAGCCUCAGCACAUAGCUACUGCAUAUUCUCAACCUGCACCUACUGCGACUACAUCUCAGCCAAAUGUACCAAGGAGGAGAGGAAGAAAGAGGAAUGCAGAAGCAAUUAGUGGCACUCAGUAGUGUUUUGGAUUGUGUUUUCAGAUUAGUGUUUUGGAUGAUCAUGUAAUGAACCUAUUGUCCUGUGGAUGGUGUUUUUAUAUAUAUGUUUUGGAUGGUCAUGUAAUGAACCUAUUGUCCUGUGGAAGGAUUUAUGUAUCUUUCUGGUAUAGACCAAUUAUGUAGUGUUUCUGGUUGUGUUUUUGGACCAACUUUGUUGAACAGUAUAUAACAUUGUUGGUGGCUGACUUUGAUUAUAUAUGACAAA